AUGUCUCUUAAUCCCAUCACAGUCCUCUACAAAGAGAUCAAUGGCAGCAAAAUCAACACUGACAUUUACCUGCCUGCGACCGCAUCUUCAGAGAAGAAGCUAUACCCCGUUAUAAUCAAUAUCCAUGGCGGCGCUUUCAUGCUAGGCCAUUCUCGCAUGGUAUCCAUGCCGCAGAUCACUGAUUGCCUUGAGCGCGGCUGGAUCGUACUGGUCCCUAACCACCGACUAUGCCCUGGUGUGAACUUGCUCGAGGGACCAAUGCAGGAUAUCCGAGACCUGCUCGCGUGGGUGUAUGAUGGACAUCUCGACGCGGUUCUACAACAACAAGGUCCGUACGGCGCAGACUUGGACAAUAUCGCAGCAUUCGGAACGUCAAGUGGUGGGCAUUUGGCGAUGUCGUUGGGCUGGAAUACUCCCAAAUCACCCAAAGCAAUCCUUUCAUUCUAUGGCGCCGUGCAUUUCACUCACCCAUUCUGGAAAACGCAACUCCCUCACGUGCAGGCCAAAUUACCACCUCACCUCGAUCCAUCAUUCUUGAACAAGAUCUACGAUGAGAUCCCCAUCCCAACUGACAGUUCCGUUUCACUGGAGGGACAAUCCGAGUCAGGCGUCUCAAAGGGCCCGGACUUCUCCCGUCCCCGCGACGCAUUCGCUUUCACGCAGAUCGCGUCCGGCAAUGUCUUGUCUGCCAUCUACCCGGACUCGGAGACGAAGGAUCCAACUUUCAAAUCUGUGGAUCCGCUGCAGAAUGUUGCCUCGAAGUUCCCGCCGACUUAUAUUGUGCACGGGAUGGCUGAUACCAUGGUGCCGAUUGAUUUGAGUCGUGAGCUUUUUGCUAAAUUGAAGAAAGAGGGUGUCAAGUGUGGGAUGACGGAGGUUCCGGAUGAAGAGCAUACUUUUGCUAAUAUUAUGAAGGUUGGAUCGAGGACUUGGUGGUUGCAGAGGAAGGGAUUUGAUUUCUUGGAGGAUAUUAUUGGGCCGGGGCCUCAAUGA